AUGUACAAAGAAUUGGAAUGGGAAGGUGUGCCCUUGGGCAGUUCUGUGACUAACGAAUCCUCUUGUUUAUUCCCUGCCUUCGCCAGGGCGUACCUCGACGAGAAGAGCGCCGCCGCCGAAGACGAGUCUGCGGCGACGACGGACGGCGUCCCCGAAAUAACCGAUGAAGAGGCAAAGGCUGAAGGAGAAGCGGGAGAAGGAGAAGCGGCAGAAGGGGAAGAAGGAGAAAAGGAGGAAGAAGAAGAAGGUGAGGCGAGGGAAAGUUUACAACAAGUAAAAGCUCGGCCUACCAAACCAAUCGAAGUCGGUGCCGGCGAAGCCAGAGCGGGACGCGACACAGCCGUCAAGGCCAGUGGCGGCCGAGCCGGAGACGGCCUAUCCGCAUCCAGGCUCGGGUCUGGUGAAGCCGGAGCCGAGCGCACUCGGGCCGGCCGAGCCGGGUCCGACCUACCUGCAGCAGGCAAAGUCGGGGCCGGCGAGGCUGUAGGUGAGCCAGUUGCAGCCGGGCGAUGGGGGCCCAGACAAGCUGAAGACGGUCAAAGGCAAUUUGGAACUGGGCAAGUCAGUGCUGGGAAGGCUAGCGAUCCGCAAGCCAGCGUCAAACCGAUCGGCCCUGGGAAAGUUGGUCCCAGGUCAACCAGUUCAGGGCCAGUUGGUGCCGACAUUGAGGGCUCCAAGGUACCGAAAGAGGUAGGGAAAGGGAAAAGUAUGAUUACUCUGUAUGACGAUGAAGAAGAAAAACGUCGACUCUCUGAAUUAGAAACAGCCGAUAAAGAAGGACGUGAAAGGUUAAAUAAGGAACUAGCUCGCGCGGAAAAAUUGAAACACGAAGCUGAUGAGUCUCAUAAAAGCUUACGUCAUGCGAAUCGGUGGGGUAGAGAUGCAGUCCAAAAAAUUAACAAUGAUAUACUGGACCUCAGGCAAGAAGUAUCUAAUUUGGAUGCAUCUAAUAAGGCUUUUAUUGACAAAAUUAAGGAUGACUUAUUGGCAGAGCAGCUUGAUGUUCCAGGCCCGCCCCGUGAGCUGGAAGAGGCGCCAGCUGAAAGAGCAGUUCCGCCUGCAAAGCCAAAGUUAGUCCAAGCGUGA